UUUAAUCUGGGCCUUGUCACGGAAAUGACCAGCCAGUGCACUGACAAAGUUUAUUCAGACGAUAAUGAUACCACUGAUGACAAAACUGUUCCUGAUCUCCAGGAUCCCGAACUUCCUCCUGCCAAAGGGAAUUCAUCUGAUCAAGCAGUUGUCGAGCAGGAAAGUCAUACAGCGGACAAAACAAUCACAAGCGCCUAUAAAAACGUGGAUACAGAAUCAGUCAGCUGUCAACUCACGGAUGAGAGUAAAUCUCAAGAGAAUUCACUAACUGAGGAUCCUGUGACUGAGAAACGUUCGUCAGAUGAUGGUUUUCAAAUGGGAAUUUCACAGUGUAAUGUUGAAUUGAAUACAAACGAAGCUUUCGCCGUCAAUAGUGAUCCAGAGGAUUCGCCUGCUGUUGUUGCUGUUUGCAGUGAGAAGCAUCCUUUAGCUGAAAACAGUACGGAUCCGUGUAUUGCAGGAGAAUAUUAA